GGUUUCUUUGCUCAUUCUAGCAAAACGUAUUUUCCCCUAAAAACUUACAGGAAGAAUUCAUCCAACCCGAUCCAUUUUAGUUCCUGGUCCCUCUCAUCUGCACUUCUCCACUUCGGCGACCGUCGACUGUAAAACCCUAGCUCUCAUUGCACCAUGAUUUGUUCAAUUUCCGGCGAGGUGCCGGAAGAACCUGUUGUUUCUAAGUCAUCCGGACUACUUUUUGAGAAGCGAUUGAUCGAAAGACACAUACUGGACCAUGGAAAAUGUCCAGUAACUGGGGACACUUUAACCAUGGAUGACCUUGUUCCGAUAAAAACUGGCAAGAUAGCGAAGCCUAGACCGGUGCAGGCUGCAAGUAUUCCUGGGAUGCUUGGAAUGUUCCAGAAUGAAUGGGAUGCCUUGGUCUUAUCUGCUUUUGCAUCAGAGCAACAGCUACAUACAACAAGGCAAGAGCUUAGUCAUUGUUUAUACCAGCAUGAUUCUGCUUGCCGUGUGAUUGCAAGAUUAAAGAAAGAACUUGACGAAGCGAGGACAAUGCUGGCACAUUUAGAGAGGCAAGCACCGAUGCCAGCGUCCACUGCGGUGACAGCAAAUGCUUCUGCUUUAAGCAAUGGGAAAAGAGCUGCUGAGGAUGACGAGUUGGGUCCUGAUGGUAAGAGAAUCCGCCCAGGAAUCUCAGCCAGUAUUAUUACUGAACUAACGGAUUGCAAUGCUGCACUUUCACAGCAAAGGAAGAGACGACAGAUUCCUCCCACAUUGGCUCCCUUGGACGCCGUGGAGCGGUAUACCCAGCUUAAUAGUUAUCCCCUUCAUAAAACAAACAAAGCUGGCAUUUUAUCUAUUGAUAUACAUCAAUCGAAGGAUUUUAUUGCUACGGGUGGAGUUGAUAUGAAUGCUGUAGUCUUUAAUCGAUCGUCAGGGGAGAUCUUAUCUACGCUCAGUGGCCAUUCGAAGAAGGUCACCAGUGUCAAGUUUGUGGGUGAUGGUGAGAUGGUUGUUACUGGUUCAGCCGAUAAAACAGUUCGUGUGUGGCAAGGGUCCGAAAAUGGAAAUUAUGAUUGUAGGCAUGUCUUAAAGGAUCAUACAGCUGAGGUGCAAGCUGUGACUGUCCAUGCUACAAAUAACUACUUUGUAACAGCUUCUCUCGACAAUUCAUGGUGCUUCUAUGAGCUAUCAUCUGGCUUAUGCCUUGCACAGGUUGAAGAUUCAUCUGCAUCUGAAGGCUAUACAUCUGCAGCUUUUCAUCCUGAUGGUCUCAUUCUCGGAACAGGCACCUCUGGGGCCAUUGUUAAGAUCUGGGAUGUGAAGAGUCAGGCAAAUGUUGCAAGAUUUGAUGGGCAUGUUGGGGCAGUAACUGCAAUAUCUUUUUCUGAGAAUGGUUACUUCCUUGCUACUGCUGCCCAAGAUGGUGUUAAGCUGUGGGAUCUUCGCAAACUGAGAAACUUCAGGACCUUUGCACCAUAUGAUGAGAACACUCCAACACAAUCAGUGGAAUUUGAUCAUAGUGGAAAUUACCUAGCGAUAGGAGGUUCAGACAUAAGAGUUUAUCAAGUUGCGAAUGUGAAGUCUGAAUGGAACUGUAUUAAAACAUUGCCUGAUUUGUCUGGCACAGGUAAGAUAAACUCGGUAAAAUUUGGCGCCGAUGCAAAAUACAUAGCCGUUGGGUCAAUGGAUCGAAACCUUCGGUUGUUUGGAUUGCCCCAAGAGGAUGCUGCAAUGGAGUCUUGAGAAGACUUCUGGGUUAUAGGGGUGAGAUGUGGAGGUUGUUGAGAGUUAUAGCCAUCUUGGAUGUAUUUGCAGCAGGUCAUUUUGUAUCAUUUUAAAUGAGAUUUGUCAUUAGAAUUAUGCGAGAAUUUGAGGUUUUAUAUGUAAAAGAGAAUUGUUUUAACUUUAUUAGAAUUUUACUGUUCAUUUUUC